AUGCGUUCACACCCAAUUCGGCCUCAGGCUCGUAGUUCCGAUGGCCCUUGCGGCCUUUCUGGAACAUCCUCUUUUACACACAGCAUUCUGCGACGCAGCCAACCUGCUACUGCCGGACUGGGCCCUUCUGGUGACUUUUGCGAUCAGGGGCUUAGCCAAGCUGGCUCCGGAGUCGGGAAUGGGACUGAGAUCAACUGGUUGGACGGGGGCAAAGGCCUGUUUACUGUGGCUUUGUCUGCCGUUUCUUCACUUCAUCCCACUGACUCGAAUUUGGCCCGAUUCUUUCGUGUAUGCAAUUAUUGUCUGCCUACACUGGCUGGCUUGGCUGCGCCCUUUCUUACGGCAGAUGGACAGGUAUGCAUCAGUUGUGUAUAUUUCCUCAAUGUUGAACUUGGAAAUGCAACGGAUUAUCAGAUAGAAUUGAUUUAA